GGAGGCCCCGACCCAGCGGCGGCCGCGGCGUGAGGGAGCGGAACGGAGUGGAGCGGAGCGGGUGGCGUUCCCCGGCCGCGCCCCGGCCCCGGCCACGCUGGCGCCCGGGGACCCCCCCGAGAUGCCGGUUCGGAGCGAGAGACGCCGCGCUGGAGGGGCGGCGGGCUCGGCCUCCUCCCCUGCCACCGGAGCGGCCGCCAGCAGCCUGGUGCCGCCGCCCCCCAUCAACACGGCGCAGCCCGGAGUGGCCACUUCGCUGCUCUACAGCGGGGCCAAGUUCCGCGGGCAGCAACGCAGCAAAGGCAACGCCUACGAGGUGGAGGUCGUCAUGCAGCAUGUGGAUAUGGAAAACUCCUAUCUCUGUGGAUACUUGAAGAUUAAAGGCCUUACAGAGGAGUACCCAACCCUCACCACGUUCUUCGAAGGCGAGAUAAUCAGUAAAAAACACCCAUUCCUAACGCGCAAGUGGGACGCCGACGAAGACGUGGAUCGUAAACACUGGGGAAAGUUCCAGGCUUUUUACCAGUAUGCAAAAACAUUUAACUCUGAUGACUUUGAUUAUGAAGAUCUAAAAAAUGGGGACUAUGUCUUCAUGAGAUGGAAGGAGCAGUUCCUAGUCCCAGAUCACACCAUCAAGGACAUCAGUGGUGCUUCCUUUGCUGGUUUCUAUUACAUCUGCUUCCAGAAGUCAGCAGCAUCUAUAGAGGGCUAUUACUACCAUAGGAGUUCAGAAUGGUAUCAGUCAUUGAAUUUAACGCACGUUCCCGAGCACAGUGCUCCUAUCUACGAGUUCCGAUGACAGCUGUCCAGAUCUGAUAGCGCCCAGAAGCAAACCGGGCAGGAGAGCAUGGCCUGCCAGGAGAACUGUGUCCCUGUGGGAGCACGGGAAUGCACGCUUCUCUCCUGCCCCUUGGACUUGAGAGAGAGAGAGAGCCUGGAUGUUAACUCACCCAGCCUGAGGAGCUGCUGGAGCUUGAUUCUCCCUCCUGUCGAGUGGCCAUUUGAUCUUUACUCUGGUUUUAAGCUACUUUAAUGCACUUUCUUGUUGCACAGCUCGUUUCUCUGUCACUGAAGUUCCUCCCGGCUCUCCUCUGGAAGCUGUUUCUCAGUAGCUGGAAUCAGUGCUCAGGCCUCUGAGUAAUAAGGAAAUGUAAGCUCAAGGCUUAGGUUUUCCUUGUUAUAUCCCGAUGUGGGUUGAAAUCACCACGAUUCAGGUUUCUUGCCCAGAUUUCCAGCUGUGAUGCUCCCAAAGCCAGGUCCUGGGUGUGAGGCUCAGCUUUGGAGUCUGUUGGGGAGUGUUGGCUGAGGUAAGGCUGGAAUGAGGCUUUGCUGGCUAACAAGGUUAGCUGGAGCUACAGAUCUUUCAGGAACGCCAGCCCUUUGGAGCUGGGAGCUGUUCCGGUGUCUGGAUACGCCAUUGGGAAUUAAUUUGAUGUACGGACUUCCAGGCUCUCAGUAAAGUGGAUCUGAACUCUGCUUGUAGGUGUAUAUUUGCUCUUUACUUAAGUUAAGGGUAAAAAAAAAAAAAGUAAAAAAAAAAAAAAGACAAAAAAAUACUUUUAUUAAAAAAAUAUAUCUAUUUUUAUGGUUCCUUUUUCAAAGGACCCUAUGGCAAAUGCACAAGUACUCGAUUCCAUGUUACUGUUUUCACAUUGAAAACCAGGAAUGUCUGUGUUUUUAUAUCCGUGUCUGUAUCCAGCUAAGCUUUGGGAACGUGACUGGAGCCCAAGCACUGAGCAGCAUCAGUUGGGACUGCUCAGCGUUUGUACUCCCCCUUCAUGCUUCACCAUCACUGCUUGACACCUUUUUACAAGGAAAAACAAGAAAAAAGUUUUAAAAAAAAAACCCUUUCCAGUAGCUCCCUCUGACUCUGAAUGUUCCAAGUGACAUAACUUAAGGCUCCUGUGCCAAAGUGUGUGUGUGUACAUGUGUGGGGUGGUUUUUCUAAAGACACUUUAAAUUUGGCCUCAGUUGUGUUUUUACCUUGUCAGCUCCACCUGUGGGGCUUUGUGAGAGUUUAGUUUGCCUUUUUUCUGGCUCUUUUAAAGCCCAGCUUCCUCCAAGCAGACGUGUGGCACGGCUGGUGCUGAGGAUGGAUUUUCCACCCAGGAGAGGGGAUUGAAGCUUCCACGUGCCGGCAUGAGGUGCUUUGGGUUUUGCUUUUUAACUAACUUCCUUUUUUUGGCAGCAGUUAUCGCUUGUUUAAGCCUUAACGAGGAAGGAUUCAGGGCUUGGAGAGCCCCUUUCCUCUAUUCCAAGUUGGGAUUUUGAGUGCUUGGAGGAGUGGCCGGGGUGGUCUUGGGAGAUGAUGCAGAAUUCGGCCGCUUUGUGCGUGCUGUUCUCCGUGGAUCAAUCCUCCCUGGCACAUGUGGAGAGAGAUGUGGGGGAGAAGGGAGAGACCUGCCCUUCCUAGGGAGUGUGUGCUGGUGCCUUGGCUCUUGCUGGAGGAUGUGCAGGGACAGCACUGAGGUGAUUUGGGGCUAGGAGCAGAGCACUUGGGAAGUGAAUUCCCGUUUUAUUUUGUUCCUCUCAAGAGAAACUCGGCCCCUUUUGAGGAGAGGGGUUUCCUCACGGAUGGUGCUGGGAGGUGUCCUGGUUUCAGAGGUGAAAACCGGUGGUGCUACUCCACUGUGACCAAGUCUGGGGGUGAAACCUCCUUCCCAGGUGCUGUGUGAGUGCAGGGACCCAGCUCCCACGGCUCUUCCCAGCUCUCCUGAGCUGUCUGUGCAAUGCUGGUGGUGGCAUCAGUGUCCCUGUGCUCCCCAGAGCUGUCACUGCCAGUGGGACACUUGGAUUUCUGAUCUGGUUUAGUUGAAUUAACCCUGUUUGUUGGCAGAAACUGAGUUAGUAUGGCCCUGGGAGUGUUUAACAUGAGUAACUAUCCCUAAACCAAUGAAGUUGGGGUUUUUUUUAAGACAAGAUACAUUGUGAGAAGGGUGUGGAAAGAGCAUCCCGCUCUGUGCCUGCCUUCUUCCCACCAUCCUGAAGGGAAUUUCAGUUUAGAUCCAGAACUGACUGGAUGUGUGGCAGGUGCAGAGCAGGUUGUGGAGUUGAGGGUUUUGCAGAGGCUGUUGGUGUGUGGAUUUUCCCUGCUCAAAGGCCUUUGCUUUGUUUUUUCCUUUUCUUUGACCUGUUUGAGUUGAGGGGAGAUGUUCUGUAUGUCGUGGUGUGGUGAGAGAGAACGGCCCAGGGGAGGAUUUGGGGGGCAGAGGUGAGAAAUGGAAUGUUUGGGCUUGGGAGAGGAUGUGGUGUCUCUUGAACCACUCUGGCUGCAGCAGGAUGUCCCUGUGGGAGCAGAGGGUGCCUGUGUGGGGGCCGAGGAGGAGUUUUGUGGAGCGAUCAACAUCCAAAUUAAACAUGAACUCUAUUGAA